CUUUAUAUCAACUCAGACAUAGCACGUGCUUACGAAGUAUGUGAUGAAGAACAAGUUGAUAAAUUACGACUUCAAAUUGCAAAAGGGCACUAUGAUAAAAAAGAAUAUGAAAAAGCUUGGACUAUUUUUUCUGAAAUUAAUAAUUGUAAAUUCAGACCAACACAUUAUUCUAGCCAAUCACAUAAUAUAUUUAAAUUUACUGACAAAUUUUGGAUAACAAUUUAUAUUUUAGAAAAUUUUUAUAAAGAAAAUACUAACAAAAUUAAUGAAAAGUUUAAAGAUUUAUAUUUGCUUAAGAAGGCAAAUACAUGUCAACAGAGAAUGAAAUAUAUUGAUGAAUGGAAACUCUUAUCAGAAGUAAGUGAAAAUAAAACUGAAUAUUAUUAUGAUGCUAAAUUUUGA